GUUYUAUUAGCUAUGAUUUAACGAAGUGACGUUUUGACACUCUGAUAUUAUAAUGACCACUACAGUUUCCUUCACGAAUUUUCUCGUUUACUCAGUCACUUGAGCCUCACAACUUUUCCGCAUUGGUAGUUSCAAUAACAAUCUAGCCAACGGCUGAAAUUAUUCUUGCUACAGUUAUAAGUGAACGUUUUCUGGUGAUAAAAUGCUGUUCAAAGCCAUCUUUAUCGUGGUGGUACUUGCCAUGUUUUGGGGUGUUGACGGUGCAGAUGACGAGCAUAACGGCGUAGUGAAACGAGGCACCUUGAACAAGACAAACCAAAACUUACAGGCACUGAGCGAUGUUGUGAAAGCUUUAAAUGAAAGGAUAAAAGUUCUAGAAUCACGAUCACUUCAAGGCUGCUGUAAGGAUGGUGCACCGGGUAAACCAGGAAAAGAUGGUAAGGAUGGUACACCUGGUAAGGAUGGAGUUGGUCUGCCAGGAAGAGAUGGUAAAAAUGGUCUGCCAGGAAGAGAUGGCAAAAAUGGUCUGCCAGGAAAAGAGGGUAAAAAUGGUUUUCCAGGAAAAGAUGGUGCAUCCGGGAAAAAUGGAGUUGGUUUGCCAGGAUUAAGAGGAAGUCCUGGCAGACAAGGUCCACGUGGUGCUCAAGGACUAAGGGGCCAUCCUGGUCCUAAAAGUGGUGGUGUUCAGUACAUACGUUGGGGGAAAACCACGUGUCCUUCUGGUGCUAAACUCAUCUACAAAGGUCGUGUAGGAGGAGAGCAUUACGGCCAUAGAGGYGGAGGUUCCAACUAUGUAUGUCUGACUGAGUCUCCUAAGUACUGGAGCUACACAAAUGUCCUUAAAAAGUAUUCAGCAUUCAUGUAUGGUGCAGAGUACCAGGUUCAUUCCACCAAUCAUCCCAACCCUUUCCACAACAAGAACCUUCACAAUCACGACGUCCCUUGUGCUGUAUGCUUUGUUUCAAACCGCAACACUAAACUGAUGAUCCCGGCAACAUAUGAGUGUCCCGCGGGAUGGUCCAAAGAGUACUGGGGAUAUCUCGUGUCRGAGUGUUACAAUCACGCUAAUCAGAAAAAUUUCAUUUGCGUGGAUCAAGAUGCUGAGCCUGUCAAAGGAAGCUAUCGUAGUCGUGCCGGAGCUUAUUUGUUCGGUGUAAAAGGAAGGUGUGGUUCUCUGCCUUGUCUUCCUUACGUGGAGGGACGGGAACUGACAUGCGCAGUGUGUACCAAGUAGUGACAUGCCGGCUCAGUUCAUAUGUCAAAUGGUACAUUCAAUUGGUUAAAAUCGUCAAUAUAAAACUAAUGAGUAUGUAUAAAUAUAAAAGAUAAUUAAAGAACUUGCUCAUUUAAGGUAUUAUAACUAUUAUUCUGUUUCGAGUUAUGGAUGCUUUGUAUGUAUCAUGUACUGACAUUAUCUAGUUAUUACAAGAAGAACAAGAGAGAUUUAUCAAAAAAGAUGAAUCUGGCUGAUGACUGAAAAUAACGGAUUGCUGUGAUUGAGAAUUACAACUGACAAACGAGAAUAAGCAAUGUGCAACUUUUUCCACACAAAAAAAUAUUUUUU